AAAGGGCGAGGAGAAGAAGGAGCAAGACGGAAGAGUCACAAGUCUUUCCUAAAAUGGCGACGACCAUAGAAAGUGGCAAUGCCGGAGAGGCAAAGAAAAAACAUCUUGGAAUUCCCGAGGCGAUAUUUGUGGAGGAUGUGGACUCCUUCAUGAAGAAGCCGGGUAAUGACACUGCAGACGCCGUGCUGAGGAAGCUUGACGAGCAGUACCAGAAAUACAAGUACAUGGAGCUCAAUCUGGUGCAGAAGAAACAGAGGUUGAAAAGCCAGAUUCCACAGAUCAAGCAGACAUUAGACAUCUUAAAACACAUGCAGAAGAAGAAGGAAACCACAGAGCCAAUGGACACCCACUUCCUGCUGGCAGACAAUGUUUACUGUAAGGCGUCAGUCCCUCCCACAGAUAAAGUCUGCUUGUGGCUCGGGGCGAAUGUAAUGCUUGAAUACGACAUUGACGAGGCGGAAGCUCUCCUAGAGAAGAAUCUCAGCACGGCCUCCAAGAACCUGGAGUCUGUAGAGGAAGACCUGGACUUCCUACGAGACCAAUUCACCACCACGGAAGUCAACAUGGCACGCGUCUACAACUGGGAUGUGAAGAGAAGAAGCCAAGAGAACGCUCUCAAGUCGUCGUCGUCUUAAACCCCGCCCCCUCCCGUUGUCACGCCAACGUCCUUGUCACCCUCAACUAACCUCCGAAACUUGCCCUCCCAAUACACCUAUCCACCCCCUAGUACUGUCGUUCAGUCCUUUGCAUACGCUCUCACUCUUCAUCUAACCUAAUCUAUUGAUUUUGUUACUUUUUAAAAGUAUUUUUUCAAGUAAAGACAAAAAAACGAGAGGUUUAAAUAGCAAUUUUUUGUAUCGUUAUUUUUUUUUUAUUAUCAGUUGUUAGUUCUUCUUUGAAUGACUCCAACUUCAUCACGCCACUCGUGUCCCGUCUUCUCUUAUCCCCCUUUUCUGCUCACCCGUUCCAUGCUUUCAACUUCCUCUACGUUUUUUUCUUUCUUCUCCCCAUGUCUAAGUUUCUGUGCUAGUCAGGGUAUGCCAUGACCACAUGACUUCCUGUUUGCCCCAAGGCAUGAUGGGACUUGUAGUUUUGGAGUCUGGUCAGCUGGCUGCGUUCAACCAGAUGAUAAACUACAGAAGUAACACCCGUUCCUGUUUGUCAGCCACUUUCUUGCGGUCUUCGAACAUCUCUCUGUCUCCUUUUUUUUCUCCUUUUCUCCUCUCGCUUGUCUCAUCUGUGUAUUUAUUUGUUCCACUGUAUUCAUUAAAUACUGAAUGAGAACUGAGGAAAAACA